AUGAAUGUUCUGUUUGUCGUUUUUGAUGAUUUGAGACCUACAGUUGGUUGCUAUGGCGGUGAAUAUCCAUAUAUUACACCUAAUAUUGACCAAUUGGCUUCAUUCUCUGUUAGAUUUAACAAAGCCUAUGUACAGCAAGCAGUAUGUGGACCAAGUAGGACAUCUUUUUUAACUGGUAGACGCCCUGACACGACUAAACUCUACGACUUUGGUUCAUAUUGGAGAGAUUUCGCUGGAAACUUCACUACCAUUCCGCAACAUUUCAAAGACAAUGGUUACUUUGUGGCAUCCAUGGGAAAGGUUAUGCAUCCAGGUAUAGCCUCCAAUAACACAGAUGACUAUCCGUAUAGUUGGUCUCAACCACCAUACCAUCCAUCAUCUCAAAAAUACCAUUGGACACCAUCCUGUCCAGGUCCUGGUGGAAAUCAUUAUCGUAAUCUUGUGUGUCCAUUGGAUGUUAAAAGUCAACCUGGAGGGACACUUCCAGACAUCCAGACAACAGAAUAUGCUAUUGAACUGCUCACAAACAUAUCUAAAAAACAACAAUCAUCUAACACGACACAGCCAUUUUUUGUUGCGGUUGGUUUUCACAAACCUCACAUAUCGUACAGAUAUCCAGAGGAAUUCCAGAAGCUUUAUCCACUAUCUACAAUCAAGUUAGCUGCCAAUCCUGAUCUUCCUCCCAAGAUGCCCCAUGUUGCUUGGGAAACCAUGAUGAUGAUCCGUAAACGAGAUGAUGUGAAGGCUCUGAAUAUGAGUUAUCCAUUUGGUAGAGUACCGGAUGAUUUUCAGUUGAAAAUCCGACAGAGUUACUAUGCAUCCACUACCUAUGUAGACAGUGAAAUGGGAAAAGUAUUGGCUCACCUCGACAAACUAGGAUAUGCCGAUGAUACUAUCAUUGUAGCAUUUGGUGAUCACGGUUGGUCUCUUGGUGAACACCAGGAAUUUGAGAAGUAUCAGAAUUUCGAAACAACCACCAGGGUGCCAUUGGUUGUAUACGUACCUGGACUUACAGACAAGGGGACGAAACCAAUGCCACCAGGAAAAAAGUUUCCAUUCUUGAAUCCAUUGACAAACUCUGAGAAACUCAAUAUAAAAUCUGGUUUUCAGAGUAAUGACUUUGUUGAAUUGGUCGAUUUGUUUCCUACCUUAUCCGAGUUAGCCGGUUUAAAAGUUCCCAGCACUUGCCCAGAAAUGCCGUUUAAAGUUGAUUUCUGUACGGAGGGGUCAAGUUUUGUUCCAGUUCUUGAAAAUGUAGCAAAAGGAAAAUAUGGCAUGCGGUUUAUGUGGAAGAAUGCCACUUUCAGUCAGUAUCCAAGACCUUCUGAUGAACCACGGCCAGAUUCUGAUUUGCCCAAUUUAGCCGAUAUAUGCAUUAUGGGGUACACUAUGCGAACACACAAAUAUCGUUACACAGAAUGGGUCGGUUUUGAUCCUGUUGAGUUCAAGGCUGACUGGUUUGAAGUUCAUGCCAGAGAGCUCUAUAUUUUAGAAACUGACUCUUUAGAGGACAACAAUGUAGCCGGGGAAAUCGAGUACAUUGCACUUGUCGAAGAGCUUUCAGAAAAAUUGAAACUUGGUUGGAGAAGUGCAUUACCAAGUUUAAAGAAAUAA